GCACUGGGCCUUCGGCGCGGACCGCGCAGACUGAAUAAUAAAAGGGGAGCGGCGAAGAGGCAGGAAGACAGGACCAUGUCGAAGGGCCCCGGGCCCGGCGGCUCCGCAGCUUCCUCGGCGCCCCCGGCCGCUACCGCUCAGGUGCUGCAGGCACAGCCCGAGAAACCGCAGCACUACACGUACCUGAAGGAGUUCCGCACGGAGCAGUGUCCACUCUUUGUGCAGCACAAAUGCACACAGCACCGGCCCUACACCUGCUUCCACUGGCACUUUGUGAACCAGCGGCGCCGCCGGUCCAUUCGCCGUCGGGACGGCACCUUCAACUACAGUCCUGACGUCUACUGUACCAAGUACGACGAGGCUACAGGCCUUUGCCCGGAGGGCGACGAGUGCCCGUUCCUGCACAGGACCACAGGGGACACUGAGCGCAGGUACCACCUGCGCUACUACAAAACUGGAAUCUGCAUCCACGAGACAGACUCGAAAGGCAACUGCACCAAAAACGGCUUGCACUGCGCUUUUGCCCAUGGGCCUCAUGACCUCCGUUCCCCGGUCUACGACAUCAGGGAACUCCAGGCCAUGGAGGCCCUACAGAAUGGCCAGAGCACAGUAGAGGGCAGUAUAGAGGGCCAGUCCGCUGGAGCCGCGAGCCACGCCAUGAUAGAAAAGAUCCUCAGUGAGGAGCCUCGGUGGCAAGAAACCACUUACGUGCUGGGGAACUAUAAGACAGAGCCGUGCAAGAAGCCCCCACGGCUGUGCCGCCAGGGCUAUGCCUGUCCCUACUACCACAACAGCAAGGACCGGCGGCGGAGCCCCCGGAAGCACAAAUACAGGUCAUCUCCAUGUCCAAACGUCAAACACGGGGAUGAAUGGGGAGACCCUGGCAAGUGUGAGAAUGGAGAUAGCUGCCAGUAUUGCCACACGCGCACGGAGCAGCAGUUCCACCCGGAGAUCUACAAAUCCACCAAAUGCAACGACAUGCAGCAGUCGGGCAGCUGUCCCCGAGGACCCUUCUGCGCCUUUGCCCACGUAGAACAGCCACCCCUAAGUGAUGACCUCCAGCCUUCCUCAGCUGUGUCCAGCCCCACCCAGCCAGGUCCCAUCCUGUACAUGCCUUCUGCUGCCGGAGACUCGGUGCCUGUGAGCCCCUCCAGCCCGCAUGCCCCUGACCUCAGUGCCCUCCUCUGCAGGAACAGCAGCCUAGGCAGCCCCUCCAAUCUCUGUGGCUCCCCACCAGGCUCCAUCAGGAAGCCCCCAAACCUCGAGGGCAUGGUCUUCCCUGGGGAGUCGGGCCUCGCCCCUGGCAGCUAUAAGAAGGCCCCUGGCUUUGAACGGGAAGACCAGGUGGGAGCUGAGUACCUGAAAAAUUUCAAAUGCCAGGCCAAAUUAAAACCCCACUCACUAGAGCCCAGGAGUCAAGAGCAACCAAUGCUUCAGCCCAAACAGGAUAUGCUGGGCAUCCUCCCUGUGGGCAGCCCCCUGACUUCCAGCAUCUCCUCUAGUAUCACCUCCAGCUUGGCAGCUACUCCCCCUAGUCCUGUGGGCACCAGCAGUGUUCCUGGCAUGAAUGCAAAUGCUCUGCCUUUCUACCCUACCAGUGACACAGUAGAGUCGGUCAUAGAGUCCGCCUUGGAUGACCUGGACCUGAAUGAGUUUGGGGUGGCUGCCCUGGAGAAGACAUUUGAUAGCAGUACUGGCCCACACCCAGGCAGCAUCACAAUCGGUGGAAGUCUGCUGCAGAGCUCUGCACCCGUCAACAUCCCCGGCUCCCUGGGCAGCUCUACCUCCUUCCACUCUGCAUCCCCGUCCCCUCCCGUCAGCCUCUCCUCACACUUCCUGCAGCAGCCCCAGGCCCACCUGAGCCAGUCAGAAAACACAUUUUUGGGCACCUCAGCAUCACAUGGAUCUUUAGGUCUGAACGGGAUGAACAGCAGCAUCUGGGAGCAUUUUGCCUCUGGAAGCUUCUCCCCGGGCACUUCCCCUGCCUUCCUGUCAGGGCCAGGGGCUGCUGAGCUGGCCCGGCUUCGGCAAGAGCUAGAUGAAGCCAACGGCACCAUCAAGCAGUGGGAGGAGUCCUGGAAGCAGGCCAAGCAGGCUUGUGAUGCCUGGAAGAAGGAGGCAGAGGAAGCUGGGGAACGGGCCAGUGCCGCAGGGGCUGAGUGCGAGCUGGCCCGGGAGCAGCGGGAUGCGCUGGAGGUGCAGGUGAAGAAGCUACAAGAGGAACUAGGACGGCUUCAUGUGGGCACCGAGCCCCAGAGCUUGCCCCCUUUCUCGGACCUGGAGGCCCUCUCUCUCUCCACCCUCUACUCCCUCCAGAAGCAGCUGCGAGCCCACCUGGAGCAGGUGGACAAGGCUGUGUUCCACAUGCAGUCAGUGAAAUGCCUUAAGUGUCAAGAGCAGAACCGGGCGGUGCUGCCGUGCCAACACGCCGUCCUGUGCGAGCUCUGCGCAGAGGGCAGCGAGUGUCCUGUCUGCCAGCCCAGCCGGGCCCAUGCCCUCCAGUCGUGACCCUGAGGGCCUGGCCCGGCCUGGCCCGGCCAGCCCAUCCCUCCUCCUCUAGGACUUUUUAAAGGAUAUAUCUAUCUAUAUAUAUGUAUGUAUGUACGUAUGUAUGUGUGUAUAUGUAUAUGAUUAUAUAUAUGUAUACAUUGCUGUGUGGGUAUGCGUGGUGGCCGCCGUGUGAGCAGUGUCUGUGUGUAUAUCUGUACAUAGAUGUAGACACACACUUUAAAGCAGACUUACCAAGCACUUUUUACAGACCUACUUGGCAGGCCUCCCCUGUCCUCCCACGCCUCUGACAGAUCCUCUGUUCUCUUUUUUUAAUGUAGAAACUAACUAUUUUUAACUUCUUCCUGGGCCUGCGCAGGGGAAGAGGCU